AUGGAAACGCACUUCUGCAAAAUUUGCAAACGAGCUUUCCCCAAUGGUAGAUCCCUUGGAGGCCAUAUGAGGUCUCAUAUCAUGACCAAAUCUUCCUUCAAUUCCAAGGGAAGCUCGGAGAGCAGAUAUGGACUCAGAGAGAAACCGAAAAAAUCGCGGUGGUUUGAUGAUGAGGAUGUGGAGCUGGAGGAGAAAGAGACAUGGAGCACUGGAGUUGAUGAUGAUCAAGAAGAAGAACUGGAGGUGAUAACAGAAUGCAAAGAGCCUAGAAACAAGAGACAGGGAAUGAGAUUAAAGCUGGUUGAAGCAAUCUCUGCUUCUUCUUCCCCGGCACCUUCCUCACCAGAGUAUGGUGCCAUGUGUCUGAUGAUGCUCUCGAGAGACGCAGGCUCUUUUUCAGACGGAAAUGAGGUGAAGAGAUCUGAAUCUGAUAUUUUGAAGAUUGGGAUCAAGAAAGUUGACCCCUUUCCUUCUGAAUCUGGGUUUCAUAUCGGAGAUGAUGAUGAUGAUGAAGCUGAAUUCAAGGAAGAUGUGAAUUUUGCUUCUGUUUUUGAAUCUGGGAACACGAGGAAAUCAAGAAAAAGGUAUUUCGCUGCUGGAAUUGAGAAUUUUAGCAAGAGAAGUAAGUAUGAGUGCGCAAGCUGCAACAAAAGCUUUCAUUCCUAUCAAGCUCUAGGAGGCCACUGUGCAAGCCAUAAAAAGAUCAGAGUGGAUUCUUCCUCUGUUUUAGCAGCGGUUGCCGAAAAUCUUAUCUCUCAGAAAUUUAGAAGUUAUGAGUGCCCAAUUUGUGCAAAAGUUUUUCCUUCAGGGCAAGCUCUGGGUGGUCAUAAGAGAUCACAUUUGAUUGCAGGAAAUUCUGCAGCUUCGGCUGCCACUGUUUCUGCGGCAGUAAUUGAGAUUGAGCAGAAGAAUUCAGAGCUGAACUCACUGGAUCUCAACCUUCCUGCUUCAGAUUAUGAAAUUUGUGACAGUUUUGAUUCUAAUAGAAGCAUUGAAGAAAAAAAGUUUACAGCUUUUCAGGAAAGUAGCAGAUUUGCAGCAUUCAUGAUGUGA